AUGCAUCGGACCUAUUCCAUGCGCCAAUCGCGCGCACCGACAGCAUCCCAGCUUGAGAAUCCACCCCCGCCACCCUCAACGACUAAAACGAACCGUUUGUUUGGAAGAACCAGUAUUGGGCAUGCAUUUCGGAAACAAACAGCUGGGGCUUUUAGCCCUGACCUUUCCAAGAAGCUUUCUCAACUGGUGAAAAUGGAGAAAAAUGUGAUGCGAAGUAUGGAGUUAGUGGGCAGGGAGAGAAUGGAGGCUGCCCAACAACUGUCUGCCUGGGGAGAGUCAUGCGACGAUGAUGUUUCGGAUGUUACCGAUAAAUUGGGAGUUUUAAUAUACGAGAUGGGCGAAUUAGAGGAUCAAUUUGUAGAUCGAUAUGACCAAUACCGGGUUACAAUGAAGAGCAUUCGUAACAUCGAAGCAUCUGUACAACCAAGCAGAGACAGGAAACAAAAAAUAACGGACCAGAUCGCGCAUCUCAAAUACAAAGAGCCCAAUUCUCCUCGCAUUGUAGUAUUGGAGCAGGAAUUAGUUCGAGCGGAGGCAGAAUCUCUCGUUGCCGAGGCACAAUUAUCUAAUAUCACGCGAGAAAAGGUAAAGGCCGCAUUUACCUACCAAUUUGACGCUCUUCGCGAACACUGCGAAAAGUUGGCUAUCAUAGCCGGAUACGGAAAGCAUCUACUUGAAUUGGUUGACGACACCCCAGUUACACCAGGAGAGACUCGGAAUGCCUAUGACGGCUAUGACGCCAGCAGAGCAAUUAUUCAAGACUGCGAAGAUGCAUUGACGCACUGGGUCUCAUCCAAUGCGGCUGUGAGCUCCAAGCUCUCCACCCGCUCUCGCACUCUUUCCCAACGACGCCGUAACAACAUGUCGAAGACCCGUGGUGAGGGUGUGGACCUUGCCAGCCAAGACUCUCCCCUCAAGGGUGAUCGUGAUUCCUGGGUCCCUGCCCAACAACAUCCUGAUUAUAAUCGCCAUGCGGACGACGUGGACGAUGAAUAUGAGGACGAAGACGUGGGAACGAACGGCGAAAUACAGGACCGUGAGGAAGAGAAACACGUUGCCCCAGCUUGA